AUGGACAAUAUGCUUGGUUCUAUUCUGCUUCUGUUCUUGUCUCUGACGCAAACACUUCCUGCGAAUAGUAAGUAAGGUUUGUGUGAUAUUUUCUUACGGGACUGGUCAUUUUAGACGGUGCUUUGAACGGCACACACGAGGCACCUACCGUCGUAAAAUUGUAGCUUGAUUAAGGCAAGCCUCGGUUCACCGGGGCAUGAGAGUUGGGUCGAAAACUCUCAUCCUCAUUUGAUCAGCUUUAAACAGUUCCUCAGUGUUGGUAGAUUCUAGAUAGUGUAGAAUUAUAGAAUACCCGUCCAAGACCAAGGUCAAUCGACUUCCAAUAUUUGAAACGCAAACAUUAGACACCUUGUUUAAAUAAAGUUUUCUAUCUAUUUGACGAAUCUCUGCAACUUUGUAGAACAAAGCGAAGAAAAGACGGAAGUGGUUUUAGAUCGGAUUGCCAGAGUUAACAACUUGAAGAUGGGGCUGAAUAAUAACGAAGUGGAAACCAAUGAACGUAUGUACAACACAACCUCUGUACAACAAUUUCCCAUUUAAUUUUCUGUUUAUUUAAACCCGUCUGUCUUUAAUUACGCCCAUUUACAUUUGCAAUUUUUGUUGUGAUUUUCUUUAUGAUGGAUGUGAACGAGAAGAUAAGUUAUGAAUGUUCAGAUGAAGGUACACAUACUCAGAACAUACUCAGAACCCUACCUAUAUUUCUAAUUUUUUUAAACUUCGUAAUACUCCAUAUGCUUUAAGAGGUAAUGGUCAUAAUGUGGUACAGGGUGUGUAUAACAGUCGUUAUUUGCAUAACUCCUAUAAGUAUAUUAUUUCCCAUAUUUGGAAUCAGUUACUACUUUCUGCCAAGUCAUCUACCUCAUUAUCUGAAUUUAGAAACCAGAUUCACCAAUCUGAUUUACUUGGCUGUCAAUGCUAUGCAUGCAUUUAGUAGUAGUAAUAGUAGUGUUAGUAUAUUAGUAUAUAGAUUAUUAAUUAAUUAAUACCAUGUAAAUAUUUUAUAUAUUGGUAAAUAGGUAUUUUGUCGAGCACUUCUAUCAUGAGCCCCUGACUCGAGUGAUUGGGCAACCACACUCUGCCAUUCGACAUUAAAUAAAUUAUUCUAUUCUAACAUUCGUAACUUAUCUACUCGUUCACAUCCAUCAGAAGACGAAAUUCGCACUAGAACCCGCAGCAAAAAUUGCCAGUGUAAAAGGACCUUUUAAAGAUCUUUGCCUGCAUAGAUUUUUGUCCGUUUCUUUUUCUACACGUUUUCUCUUAAUCAGCUGGCCAGGCAAUGGGCAAUUCUAGCUAUAGACUAAAAUCUAGGCAAGAAGAACAAAAUUCAUCAGCACAGCUAGAAAGAGCAUGUUAAAAUGAGUAAAUUUGCAAAGCUUGGUUGCGAAAUGUUGUAAAAUGAGGAACAUAUAGCCCUGCGAAAUUUGCAAAUUUUGUAUUAAUUUGUAUUAUGCACGGGGAAAAUGCACGACAUUUGGGCCGAAAGUGGUGCAAAUUCCCGUGCGUAAUACAAAUUAAUACAAAAUUUGCACAUUUUGCAGGGCUAUAUUUUCCUCAUUUUACAACAUUUCGCAACCAAACGUUUCAAAUUUACUCAUUUUAACAUGCUCUUUCUAGCUGUGCUGAUGGAUUUUGUUCUUCUUGCUUAGAUUUUAGUCUAUAGCUGGAAUUGGCCAUUAGUUAGCCUCAUCACAUCGCUAGCCAGGAGUGGGUUUCACAAGCACUAUCGUGCAGCAGAUGGUGGUCAACCUGCAGUUAUAAAGAUUUCGUUCCUCUUUUUAGUGAAUGACGUCACUGUUCACGAAGGUGACAUCAUCAUGAGCGACGCUCAGUACAAUCAUCUUGUCUCCAACGGCAAUCAAAGUGAUAAACGAACUACAUAUCAUCAUUAUGAGUAUCUCUGGAAGUCAAAAAUUCUUCCGUACGAGAUUGAUCCAAAUAUGCGUAAGUAUUUAUUAUUCAUACUCGACAGUUCCAACGGUUCUUCCAAGAGGUCCAGUAAGGUCAUCUCUUAUUCAUCCAUCCCUUAUUCAACCUAAACUAACUUUAUUUAUACUGCAUAGCUCUAUCAGUUCCAAACUGUUCUUCCUUGAGGUCCAGCAAGGAUCAUCUCUUAUUCAUCCAGUGUUACUACAGGAGGAAACCUAAAUUAAACUAACUUUAUUUAUACUGCAUAGCUCUAUCAUUUCUAAACUGUUCUUCCUAGAGGUCCAGUAAGGAUCAUCUCUUAUUGAUCCAGUAUUACUACCGGAGGAAACCCAAACUAAACUAACUUUAUUAAUACUGGAUAGCUCUAUCAGUUCUAAACUGUUCUUCCUUGAGGUCCAGUAAGUAUCAUCUCUUAUUGAUCCAGUGGUACUACAGGAGGAAACCCAAACUAACUUUAUUAUGCUGGAUAGCUCUAUCAUUUUGUUCUUCCUAGAGGUCCAGUAAGGAUCAUCUCUUAUUGAUCCAGUGUUCCUACAGGCGGAAACCUAAAUUAAACUAACUUUAUUUAUACUGGAUAGCUCUAUCAUUUCCAAACUGUUCUUCCUAUAGAGGUCCAGUAAGGGUCAUCUCUUAUUGAUCCAGUGUUACUACAGGAGGAAACCCAAACUAAACUAACUUUAUUAAUACUGGAUAGCUCUAUCAGUUCUAAACUGUUCUUCCUUGAGGUCCAGUAAGGAUCAUCUCUUACAGGAGGAAACCCAAACUAACUUUAUUCGCCUUCUAUUGACUCUGCUUUAUUAUACUGGAUAGCUCGAUUAUAUCUGAUUAUAUCCGUUCUAAACUGUUCUUCCUAGAGGUCCAGUAAGGAUCAUCUCGUAUUGAUCCAGUGUUACUACAGGAGGAAACCUAAACUAAACUAUAAAAAACUUUUUCUUUUGUUUUCAGCUUCAGCGACAAUGAGUUUGAUCGAAAUGGCUGUUACAGAUAUCCAAGCUAAAACUUGUUUGAGUUUCAGAAAACGAAUUAGUGAAAAGAAUUGGAUUCGUUUUACUCGACAAAGAGGGUAAGGACUUUCUCAACCUCGAAAGCCAGGCUCUCCCCCACCCCGCCCCUCCAUUUGAGAUAUUUUUUCGGGUAGUUCAGACACAAACCACGGCAGCUUAGUAUAGAAUAUGCUUAAAUUAUAUCAGGCGUUUGUUUGAAAGUGCGAUUCCUAAAUUAGCCCACCACGUGCGUUAGGAUUAUCUGACAUGUAUAGUACAGUAUUUUCACUGAAUUUAUUACAGGUGUUGGUCCAGUGUGGGUCGACAGUCGUAUCUUGGCGCUCAGAAUAUCUCAAUUGGAACUGGUUGCGAUCUUCUUGGUAUUGUACAACAUGAAGUAAUGCACGCUUUAGGUGAGUUUUAGUUCGAAGCAUAAAAAUCAAAUAAACAUUAAAAAACGUUUUAAAAAAUUAAAUAAAAAAAAAAAAAAUUUGAUAAAUAUAAAAAUCAUAAAAAUCAAAUGAACUAUCUAUAUAAACAUUUUUAUGUUUAUAUAGAUAGGUCUUACUGACAAUGGCCAUUCAUCACAACAUUCAUUGAUAUAUGAUUUGUGCAAUAUUUGGGUAGUUUUGAGACGUACAUUUGUACCCUAAUGACUAAUUGUUCUCUUUUGAUCGGGUCAUUGGGAAAGAAUAUCGAGAAUGCAUAUUUGGAAAAUAAGGAACUGGUAAUCUUGGGUGAUUUUAAUAUUGAUUACUUAAAUCCAGAUUCCUUUUUAAAACACGAUCUAGUAAAAACACUUCUGAAUCUAAAUCUAACUCAACUUGUCAAGUGUAUCACCCGACCAGUGUCUAACACGUGUUUGGAUCACAUCUACUCAAGUCACCCAGAUAGAAUGCAUAAUGUUGUUACACUAAAUGUUGGCUUGUCCGAUCAUCUCCCAGUAUUCGCUCUCAGGCGCUUUAAGAAAACUGGAGAGCAAGGUGCAGCAGGCACUAAAAUACAUGAACACACAUCACUCAAAUACCGAAAUCUAAAGUCCCUCAAUAAUGAAUUGUUUGCUAAAGAUCUUUCAGAAGCCCCGUGGGAUUCAGCAUUCGUGUUUGAAGAUACUGAUGACAUUGUUGAUUCGUGGUAUUCCAUUUUUAUUAAUAUCCUUAACAAACACGCUCCAAUAAUAUCGAAACGAGUUAAACGAAAGAUCCAACCAAAAUGGUUUACAAAUGAUAUAACAGAUGAAAUUCAAAUCAGAGACAGACUUCUAAAACAAGCACGUGCUCAACCUCGUACCCAGGACUAGUCGCGAAUUGAAGGCGGCGACAUAUGUCGCCGCCUUCAAUUCGCGACUAGUCCUGGGUACGAGGUUGGCACGUGCUUCCAACAACGCAAAUGACUGGUCAAUUUUCAAACUGGCCAAAAAUAAAGUAACUCAGUUAAUCCGUAAUAAAAAGAAAAAUUAUUUUAAAUCGAAAGUAAAUGAACAUCGAGAAAACCCAAAUAAACUAUGGUCAUUGAUUAAAGAUCUGUCAAGAGUAUCAUUGGGAGAAAACAACGGUAUUCGUCAAUUAAACGAAAACGGAGAACUUGUAACGGAAAGCAGAAGCAUUGCCGAAAUCUUUAACUCUUUCUUUGUUAGUCAACCACAACGUCUCUUAUCAUCUAUAAAGUCUACUUUUUGUAACGAAUCUCUGCUAAACUCUCUAAAGAUAAAGAUAAAGUUUGAAAUUCCACAUAUUUCUCCAGAAAAGGUACUUCAAAUGCUAAAUUCUAUGCCAGCAAAUAAAGCAACAGGUGCUGAUGGAUUGAGUCCUAAAUUACUGAAAAUUGCUGCUCCAUCCAUAUCAAGCUCAGUCGCACGUCUCAUAAACCAUUGCAUAUCCACCAACACCUUCCCAUCCAGAUGGAAAGUAGCCAAAGUCACCCCAAUUUUUAAGAAUCAAGGAAGUGUAGAACACAAACAAAAUUACAGACCAAUAUCUGUUCUUCCGAUCCUCUCAAAAUUAUACGAAAGAUAUCUCUACAAACACUAUAUUCACACUUAUGCAAUAACAAUUUCCUAUAUGGCCUGCAAUCUGGCUUUCGCAAACGCCACUCGACUGAAACUGCUCUAA